GGCGUGGCCUGUUCCUUCCCAGGUGAGGGCCAAGCUGGGCCGCGGGAGCCAGGUGCGGGCAGGUGAGACAGGUCAGGGUUCUCUUCCAUCACUGGUGGCACAAUGAGCUCUCAUCCCCGCCGGAUCCGCUUGAAGCCCUGGCUGGUGGCCCAAGUGAACAGCGGGCAGUACCCAGGCCUCCGCUGGGUGGAACCCGAACGGAAACGCUUCUGCAUCCCAUGGCGCCAUGCCACCCGGCACAUCCCCAGCCAAGACGAUGAGAACACCAUUUUCAAGGCCUGGGCCAAAGAGACAGGCAAGUACAAUGAGGGUGUGGAUGAGCCAGAUCCUGCCAAGUGGAAAGCCAACCUGCGUUGUGCCCUGAACAAGAGCCGUGAGUUCAGCCUGAUCUACGACGGGACCAAGGACACCCCCAUGCAGCCCUACAAGAUCUACGAGGUUUGCGAUGUGCCGCAGCCCAACGGAGAGUCCUUUGCUGGAGAUGAGCAAGCUGGCUGCGAAGAUGAGGAAGAGCUGCAGAAGAUGAUGCCAACGCUGAGGAUUGCAGAUCCGACUCACGGCGUGGAACCUCUCCCGCCGUACCCAUGGCUGAAGCAAGAGGCCAUCUACCCCAACGCUUGUGGCAAUGGAUCUUUCCCCCACUUGGCGCACCCCGAGGUCCCGGUGGUACCCCCUGUGCCUCCUUCCAUCGGCCCUUUUGCCAUCGGCGGGGAGCCCAACGUGUCGAACUUUGUGGAACCAACCAGCCAGAUGCCAAUGCCGUCCCUUGUAUCCGGAGCCAUGGCCGGCGGUGGGCCAGGAGAGCUGGAGCCAAUGCCCCAAGUGGGAUUGCCUGUGGAGCACAUCAUCCCGAACUUACUGAUCAGCCCACACAUGCUGCCCUUGACCGACCUGGAGAUCAAGUUCCAGUACCGGGGCCGGUCAGUGGGCGGCCUGACCAUCAGCAAUCCCCACGGCUGCCGGCUCUUCCACAGCAACCUGGAGCCCACCCAGGAGCAGGUGGAGCUCUUUGGCCCCGUGACACUGGAGCAGGUCCGCUUCCCCAGCGCCGAGGCCGUGCCCAACGAGAAGCAGCGCUUCUACACCCACCAGCUGCUGGACGUCUUGGACCGGGGCCUCAUCCUGGAGCUCCAAGGGCAGGACAUCUACGCCAUCCGCUUGUGCCAGUGCAAAGUCUUCUGGACGGGGCCUUGCGCCGGGGAGCUGGCGGGACCCAAUCCCAUCGAGCGCGAGAAGAAGAUCAAGCUCUUCAGCCUGGAGAGUUUCCUCAACGGCCUCAUCAUGUUUCAGAAAGGGGAAAGCACCGUUCCCCCACCCUACGAGAUUUUCUUCUGUUUCGGAGAGGAAUGGCCAGACCAGAAGCCCAAAGAGAAAAAGCUAAUAACAGUCCAGGUGGUCCCAGUAGCUGCCCGCCUCUUGCUGGAAAUGUUCUCUGGGGAGCUCUCAUGGUCAGCAGACAGCGUCCGCCUCCAGAUCUCCCACCCGGAUCUCAAGGACAAGAUGGUGGAGCAAUUCAAGGAGCUGCAUCAACUCUGGCAAACGCAGCAGAAUGUCCAGAUCCAACCUCUCCAGCCUCCUGGAGCCGAAACCUGGCCGAUGCAGACCAGCAGCGCCAUGCAGCCAUGAGGACGCCAGCAAGUUGACAGCCAUGAAGAGUGGACACUAGAGCAGCCAUUUGCUACUGUUGUGGUUCUUCAGGGACUGAAGUCCUUGAGAUGACACCAUGAAGUCCCCCAAGGUCCUGUUGAGGACUAGCUGGGCAAGGACACACUUCCUUCCAUUGACUGUAGAGAAGGAGACAGGGAAAGCCCUUGGGGUGGGUGAGGGUAGCGGGCAGAGCAACUGGGGUAGCUACCCCCUGCCACAGCAGCCCAGAUGGAAGGAAGGGAAGGUUUGGGUGGGGACAAUUGCACAGCUGCAGUGCAUUCCUGAUAGCACACAAAAUGACAGGAUUUGCACUGGUGCACCGCCUGACUGCAAAUCUGGACAGCAUGGAAAGAAGACUGGGCAUAUUCAGUAACACCAAACCCCCACCAAACAGUGUUACUUUUAGGGGGCUGACCAACAUGCACAAUAUACAUUUUGCAAGCUUGCAAAGCUCCACCGACUUCGUCAUCAGGCAAAGGGGUUAAAAGGCCUGCAAGAAAUGCCCCUCUGUACCAUCUGAAUGGAGAAAAGAAACAGCAAAAUGCAGGCCUAGGAUUAACAUCUCAAAUUU